UUUAAAUUGAGGUGGUGGUUUAACAAAUAAUUUUUCAUCUACAAUGGAACCCCUUUUUUUCCCAACAAAACAACAAAUAUUUCCAUGGCGCUCAAUUUUGGAGCUGCUUCCACUACUCUACACCCUAGACCCUUUCUCUCAUCAAAGAUUUCUAAGCAAAAAACCGCCGCCUUUAAUUUCUAUUACAGCCCAUCUCCGCCUUGUCUGAAGGCGGCUGCUUCUCUGUCUGAAGGAGUCGCCGACGAUGAUCAAGAACCUGUUUUUUCUGGACCAUCCUCUUCGGCUCGUGCGCAACUCAAUCUCUUGGACCAACUCACCUCCGGCCGCUCGUCUAUUGAUGGCUAUGUCAGCGAUAGUAGUUCUAGUGGGCCCACAAUCCGCGAGCAGCUCGCUAAUUUAGUGGGAAAAAGAGACGACGAUUUCACCAUUCCGUUAGGUAAGAAUCUGAAGAAAUGGACACCCAAAUUCUUGACCGUAUCGCAGAAGAGAAAUAUACGAAGGCAAACUUACUUGAACGAAGUUUCUCAGAGGAACGAUUCCGUUUUCUUCGCCACUAUCGGUGCAUUUGUUAUUCUUCCGCCUAUUUUAAUAUUAGGAAUUGCAAUCGCAACAGGUUACGUCGAUGUAUCAUCCCUUUUUCAGUGACAUGUUAUAUAAAUAUCACCAAUUCACAUCCUUUUUUUCUUUUUUUCGAUCGGUAUAAUAUAAAUUCGCAAUACGAUUAUGUUUUUAUCUCAUAAUUAUUUCCCC